AUGGCCAAGGGAAAGUGGACAAAUAUACCGACGCACAUACUCAGCCCUGGAGCAAAUGCUACACGAAUCCGGUUUCAUCACCACGGACGUAGCACUACCCAGCCCGAAGAACCUAGCAAGAAGGAAACAAAGCCUGCUUCCUUGCCUACAACCGACGACACCGACCUACCCCAUCUCAACCGCUCUCAAAACGUCCACAUGACCCUGAUCGACGAGAAACCCGUCUCCAAGCGCCUCGCAACAGCAACCUGCCUAGUCCACUUCUCCAACCAACGGCCCUGGGAACUCCUGCGUCAAGGCCCCGGCAGUCGCAAAGGCGACGUUUUUAGCAUCGCUCGCAUUGCCGGUAUUACUGCCGCAAAGAAGACGCCUGACAUUGUGCCGCUCUGUCAUCCUGGACUGGGGUUGACGGGGGUGGAGGUGGAUGUUCAACUCCUCGACCCGUCUGCUGAUGGCGGCAAGGAGAUGAAGCAUGGGGCGAUGCAUGUUACGGCGACGGUCAGCUGUGUUGGGAGGACAGGGGUGGAAAUGGAAGCCAUGACCGCGACGAUGGGGGCUGCGUUGACGGUGUAUGAUAUGCUGAAGGCCGUUGACAAGGGGAUGGUGAUUGGGGGCGUGAAACUGCUAGAGAAGAUGGGGGGUAAGAGUGGGCAUUGGAUCAGAGACGAGGUUGUGAAGGAUGAAUGGAUGUAG